AUGAAGUUCUCGAAUGUAGAAUUUGUUGUUAAUAGCUCGUCUGACUCGGCAACUUUCAAGACCCACGACACAAUCAAUGGCGAAAUCGUUUUUACACCUCAUCAAAAAACCAACAUUGAAGACAUAACUAUCACAUUCAAAGGCAUGAUGCGAGUCGAAGUCGAGAACAUGAAUACCCAUCUGGCUUUACCCUUCAAUUCACUCCAGAAACCCUUCCUAAGCAUGGAUAUGCCCAUUUACGACUACUUUGGGGACACAAAUACCCUGAAACCCGGCAAGGGUUAUCGACUCCCCUUCAAGUUUAUUAUCUCCGAGGAACUUCCCAUCCACGCCUGUCGUCACCAAUGCGCCAAUCACCAAAUCCAACAAGAACAUCUGCAGCUACCUGGAAGUCUCAGCUACCAUUCCACGAAAUCCCACAAAUCACACGACAUGUCACCAGAAAUGGCGGAAGUGGUUUACAGUAUCAACUUUGCACUGUGGCAGCGAGAUGGCAAGGCAGGAAGGUCGAAAAUUCUGGAAGCAACACAUCCCGUGCAAAUCCUCCCAACGCGAAACGAACAUCCCCCAAUACUUGUCUCUGGAAAGAAUAAGUAUUAUCGACUCAGAGCGGAAAAGUCUCUCUCCACAGGGAUGCUGCGACAUUCACGUGGCAAACUCGUUGCCUGCUCUACCCAACCACCGGCUAUCCAGUUGCAAAGUCUCCAGCCAACGAAUACAAACGCGUCAACUUCUCUGAAGAUCGAUCUUCGGUUUGGUGCUGCUCGUUUAGUCCAGUCGCCACCAAGUGUUCUCGCCGUCGAAUUUCAGUUACGGGCAAUGACAUUCUUUGGGCUGGAAGCAUGGCAAGAUCAUCCAGACCUGACUGAUGUUUCUACAUGGGGUUUACGACGAGACUUCUGGUCUGAUUAUGUGGCAUUGACACCGAUUAAUGAAUUAAAUUUGGAAUGGAAGUCACAAGAAGAAGGGGACCGCACGAUCUUCACUGCGUCGAUUGAGGCUUGCGUUUCACUGCCUACCCAUCGACGCUAUCCACCUACUUUCCAUUCGUGUUUCGUAUCUCGGGUCUAUGCCCUGAAGGCAACGUUGUUCUAUCGAGCACAUGGAAAUGCUCUGGGUAGAUCAUCUAUAUCGGUUUCUGUUCCAGUCGAGAUUUGUACAGCAUGA